AAAUAAACGUACAAAGGCAAAAAGAAAGAGAAAAAGGGUAUAUUGUAUUGAUCCAGAAGGUUGUGAAUUGGGGAAAUUUAGGGUGUAUGAUGACGUCUUCUACUAGUGAGAAACCAUUAGUGGAGUUGACGAAGGGCAUCAAUGGCCUUGAAAAAGUGGUUCUCCGGGAGGUUCGCGGCAGUUCUGCCGAGGUGUAUCUCUAUGGAGGUCAGGUGACGUCUUGGAAGAAUGAUCAGAGAGAGGAAUUGCUCUUUGUUAGUAGUAAGGCCAUUUUUAAGCCUCCAAAAGCAAUUCGUGGGGGUAUUCCUAUAUGUUUCCCACAGUUUGCAAAUCGUGGCCCUCUUGAGUCUCAUGGAUUUGCCCGAAACAGGUUUUGGAGCAUUGACAAAGAUCCACCUCCAUUUCCAGCAGCUACUUCUUCUAGGGCUUUUGUUGACUUGAUCUUGAAACCAUCUGAGGAGGACUUGAAAAUUUGGCCUCACAGUUUUGAGUUUCGGCUGCGGGUAGCUUUGAGUCCUGGUGGAGAUUUGAUGUUGACGUCUCGUAUUAGAAAUACCAACACUGACGGAAAGCCUUUCUCAUUUACAUUUGCGUAUCACACCUACUUCUCUGUUUCAGACAUCAGUGAAGUCCGUGUUGAGGGCCUUGAAACGCUUGAUUAUCUUGAGAAUAAGGAGAGAUUCACUGAGCAAGGCGAUGCAAUUACUUUUGAGUCUGAAGUGGACAAAAUAUAUCUCAGUACCCCCACAAAAAUUGCGAUCCUGGAUCAUGAAAAGAAACGGACAUUUGUUAUUCGUAAGGAUGGGUUACCGGAUGCAGUUGUGUGGAACCCUUGGGACAAGAGGGCAAAGGCCAUGGCUGAUUUUGGAGAUGAGGAGUACAAGCACAUGCUGUGUGUUGAGGCUGCUGCAGUGGAAAAGCCUAUCACUUUGAAACCUGGUGAAGAGUGGAGAGGAAGACAGGAACUUUCUGCUGUUCCUUCAAGUUAUUGCAGUGGCCAGCUUGACCCAAAGAGAGUUCUCCUUGGCAGCUGAGAAAAGCUUUUUACUGGUUUAUAUUGUGUACAGGUGCUUUGUUGCAAUUUAUGGUUGGAGUGCAACAACAACCUAUGCCAAAGACCCUUUACUCUUCUCCUAUUUUACAUUUUUUAUACCUUGGGUUGGAAGGUGAACUUCUUGAGUAGCCAAGUUGUUGAAUAAUACUUCGGUUAAUGGUCAAAUAUUUUGGUAUAAUCUCAGUUUAAGGAAGGCGCAUGGUCUAAGGACUGUCAAAAGAAUUAUAACUGUUCUCAUAAACAAGUAUAAUAUGAAUCUUCUGCCACAUUAGUAUACUGUGGGUCAAAAAGCCUUUUUUUUUUGGGCACUUGAGGCUCUGCAGAAGUUGAUCCAAGUUCUGAAAAUGCAUAAAAAUGUAUAUAGAACACAACUGGUUUUUAUGUUUCCUAUAUUUGUUGUGUUAGCCCUACUUUGUUUGGAUCUUAUGUGAUUGCACACUAAUUUGAUUGUA